AUGGCAAACGCGUACCUGCAAGGAGUUGAGAUAUCUGCUUCACAGUUCCUGGAUAUCUUUAAUCAUUAUGACAAUGAUGGUAAUGGAUAUAUCGAAGGAAAAGAGUUGCAGAACUUUAUCAGAGAACUUCAACAAGCUCGGAAACAAGCAGGACUCGAAUUAACUGACAAAAUGAGGGCAUUUGUUGAGGAAUAUGAGAAAAAUGCAGAUGGAAAAAUAGGAAUUAUUGAGCUAGUCCAGAUAUUGCCCACAGAGGAAAACUUCUUAUUAUUUUUCAGACAACAGCUGAAGUCCUGUGCAGAAUUUAUGGAGGCUUGGCGAAAUUAUGAUGCUGAUCACAGUGGCUACAUUGAAGCUGAUGAACUUAAGAAUUUUCUGAAAGACCUGCUUCAAAGGGCAAAGAGACCAUACGAUGAAAAGAAGUUAGAGGAAUACACAUCAACCACGCUGAGAAUGUUUGAUUCAAACAACGAUGGGAAGUUGUGUCUGUCAGAAAUGGCCAGACUACUGCCAGAUCAAGAGAACUUUUUACUUAAGUUUCAGGGAGUGAAAAUGGACAGAAAAGAAUUCAACAAGAUCUUUGAAUUAUACGAUCAGGACAAGAAUGGCUACAUGGAUGAGAACGAGCUGGACGCCCUCCUCAAAGAUUUGUGUGAGAAGAACAAGAAGGUUCUAGAAAUCAGCAAAAUUCCCACGUAUAAGAGCGCUAUCAUGGCCCUGUCAGACGGUGGGAAGCUGUACAGAACAGAGUUAGCGCUGAUUCUGUGUGCAGACGACGUGUGA